AUAUUUAGAUGACCUCAAAAGCAUACACAAGCUUCGAUGUAUGUUGAACAUGUGUGGAUGAUAGAUAUUUGUUGAGGAGCUGAAUGUCAAGAUGGCAGAGUCAAGGCGGAAAAAGCGCUUCAGUCCCGAUAAAGCAGACGUGAAGCUGUAUGAACGGCUUGCUCGACUUCUGUCCCAUAUCAAAGACCUGUGGAAUGGCCACCAAUCGCUACUCAGGUCGUUACAGAACAAACAGCAGCAAGAAACACCGAUUGUCGAGAACAUUGGGAGCGUCUUUGAAAGUUUUUACAUGUUCUCGAUCUACGACUCGUACUUUACGCAGUACACGUCAACUUCACGGGAUUUCCAACAGAUCGCAGCAGGCAACUCGGAACUUUGCCUGAUCAUCAAAGAUUUACUAAAGUCGCCACGCUGCAAGUUUUUGACAAUGGAGGGUAUAUUUCUCAAGCCCAUCCAACGGCUACAGAAAUAUCCUCUCUUCUUCAAGGACCUACUGAACUUGACACCACCAGACGAUCCCGAUUAUGCGCAACUGGAACAGGCACUGAACAAGCAUCAGCGAGAGCUCACAAAGAUUGACGACCGGAUAUGGAUCGAAGAGCAUAACGAGAUGUUAAUGGAUCUGCAGCAGCGCAUCAAGGGUCUGCCAUCGAAUUUUUCCCUUGUCGAACGACACCGGUACUUGAUCCUGGAUGGGCCCGUGCACCGGAUCACAGUACGGCAGCCCAGCAAAUUCGCUUUUGGAAAACACGGCAUCAACAGCAAAUCGGAGAGCUAUGUGUCGAACGGAUCUUUAGAGUGGCGAGACGGAUUUCGGUCACCAAUAACGACCCCGUCCUCUGAUGAUGACCCUCCGGUGCUUAUUCAUCGGCCUCGUCAGCUAGAUUAUCACCACCUACAUGCCAAACCUGCUUUCCCGACUACAUCAUCAUCGUCAGGACCGACAUCACCCACAACGCCGUUUUCAAGUACUCCCUUCUCCCGAUCAAGGAAUCUCUUUGAUUCUCGUGGCAACCCGAAAAGGACGAGCUUCUACUCGGUCUGUGCGUCAUCACCACCAUCCUCUACGACCUUACACACGCUCUCCUCCACUCCUAGUCCGAUUCCUAUCGCAAGCUCGGCCCCAACUUCUUCCUCCCCCUUUUCCUCAAAGCAACAGUCGACGGUGUCGCAACUCGUCUCGCAGUACAAUCUCAGUCUCUCCUCCAGCUUUUCGAAUCUCACAGGAAACGGACAUCCCAAAAACGUGUCUUCAUCAGCCCUGUAUCUACCCAGCAUCAUCAAGAACUCGACAGAUGUGGAGGCAGAGUACCAUGUGUUUAUUUUCACAGACAUUGUUCUGUGGACUAAACGGGUCAUGAGUCGUUAUCAUCGCAAGGAGGGCACCCCCUGGAACUUCAAGCUGGUCGAGCCGGUCUCGAGGCUAACAAGUGUGUGCAAUACGUCCGAAGAUAAUAUCUUCAUGUGUACUUCCGUGAACACGAGCAGCACUAGUUACUUGGUUCGGACGGAAGAUGAAAUCGCUGCAAGGAUGUGGCGGACAACGAUCCCGACGCUUAUUCCCUUCCAUUGCUCGCGUAAUAUGCGGGAACGCGGGAAGAAGUAGACCACCAAGGGCAAAGGGCCCAUGCUGUCGAAAAAAAAAAAAAAGAAAACAUAAUAAAAAUAAAGACAGCGUCUGCUAGCGUCUGUAACCCACCCACCGGGCGUGACGACACAGAAGAGGAAAAAGACCUGUCUCUUGCAGACGAUUAACAUUGG